AUGGCAAAUUCUAAAUCUGGUGCAGGCGAGAAUCAAUUAUCCCCUCUCAUUCAACACACAGACGAACGGCGUGAUGUGUUUAGGCAGUGCGAGUAUAAAAAACAUAGUUAUGCUCAUCGGGGUUUACGUGAAUCGGAAACAGUACACAUGCAAGACCCUGAUGCUACGAGCGGUGGUCCUUGCUGUGCCGAUUGUAUCAAGCAAAGAUGGGAAAUUGAUAAUCUAAAAACAGAAAUUACUUGUCUUAAGAAAUUUGUUUAUCGCGAAGGAGACAAAGCUGACAAGUCAAGCAUGGAUAUGCAAAUUUCCCGCCUUCAACGCGAUAAUUCAACCCUAAUCAAAACAGUCGAAAUGCUAAGUAGACAAUUGUUAAAUCAAAACGAAGAGAAUUCCACCAACGUCUCAAGUGAAUCAGAUGUAUAUGUAAACCCACGACAUACGAAAGAGUCGGAUAUCCCUUCAACUUCGUCUAAAGAAAAGGAAAAGAAACUGAGAAAAAAGAAGAAGAGAAAUGUAAAUGAGUCAUCGUCACAGUCAGGGGUUGACCCACCUAAAGAAAUUGUAAAUAAAGCUGCUGGUAAUCCAUCAACUUCGACCGGUAACCGUAAGCCAGUAGUGGUAAUCGCUGGCGACUCAAUAGUAAAGAAUGUAGUUGGACCAUCUAUGAGCAAAUCUGACGCAGACCACCUCUACGUUGUUAAAUCUUUUUCUGGCGCAACUAUUUCCGACAUGGAGGAUUUUAUCAAACCUACAACCCGCAAGUCACCGGACAAAAUUAUCCUCCAUGUUGGCACUAAUGAUCUGAAAAAUUCUACGCCGAAAGUUAUUACCGAUUCUAUUUUGAAUCUGACAACCCAAAUCAAAGAGGAUUCUCCUAACUCCAUG